CCAUACUUGUUGGUCGCUCCCUUUUGGGUGUAAUACAGCCGAAAACACGACUUCAGAGGAAAGUCUACACGCCUCCUCCUGGCUUACCGCGCUUACUCGGUGCUUUUUAAACCAGGGCCAGUCCUUUGUGAAAGGUAGGCCCAGAUGUCGAAUUCCUCCCUGUUUGUUUUUCUGUAGGUGAAGUUCCAGUUGAGGGAAGUGAGUGUGGUGGUGCGGACAGUAUGCCCCGGGUUUAACACUGCAACCAGGUUUUUGGACUAAACUUCACACUUGGAGGAUUUACACACAUAUGGAAGGAAUCAAUGUGACGACGGUGUCUCGAAAAGCGUCUCGGAUUUAAACGGCCUAAGAAGAUGAGACGUUUUCCUAUUUUGCAGCCGCAGGUAGGAAAGAAGAAGUAACCAGGAUGGCGUCCCAGCAAGGCGAGGAGCCAAUUAUCGGUCAGUCAGACUGUCGGUUGAAGAACAAGAAGCCACCCAGCCUGGUGAUUGCAAUCCCGCCUAGCGAGGAUCAAGAGAGAACCGUGAUGGAGGCACAGCCCUUAAGGCCAUCGGAAAAGAAAAGCGUCAGUAUGCGGCAGUCGACCGAGGCAUUGUCGUACAGCGAGACGAACGAGAGGAGAGCGGCUUUCCGCAGACAGACGUCUCUUUCUCAGAGCAUCCGCAGGAGCACAGCACAGUGGUUCGGUGUCGGUACGGACUGCGAAAACCAGCAGCAGCUGUGGCAGAGGAAGAGUCUACGCCACUGUAGCCUGCGUUACGGCCGCUUGAAACCUCAGUACAGAGACCAGCAGGAAGCAGCAAGCAUCGACCUGGACUCGCCCGUCACUCACAAGAUGCCAAAGAUUGUGGACCCUUUGGCCCGUGGACGUCAGUUCCGUUACGACGAUGUGGAACGGCCCAGGACGCCACAUGUUGCUCACGCUCCUGCCCCUCAGACCCCAGGUGUCUCCUCCCUGUGCUCCUACACCAGCCAGCGCUCUACUCACUCUCGCUUCCCACGUAGGAAGAGAGAGUCCGUGGCCCGCAUGAGCAUCCGCGCAGCCUCCAACCUACUCAGGGGUCGGCCCGGCCUGCACGGCACCCAGGUGCCUCGAAGUAUCCCCCGGAGGAGUUUUGUUCGGCCCAGCUGGAUGGAGGAGGACACGGUGGACACAGCAGACACGUCCGACUCGGUCUUCUUUAGCAAGAUUGAUGCGCAUGAAGACUUUUACUCUAUGGCAGAUGAUGUGUUUGAGUCCCCACCCCUCUCCGCUUCAUUGGCCGUGGAUGGUUUGGUCGAUGAAGCGGGACGCUACCCCAGCUUCAAGGAUAUCAGCCGAGCUCCAGCUGCAACGAUAAGCCCCGCCCUUAAGCGCGGAGGCCGUAUUGCGUCCCGAGUAAAGCACUUUGCCUUCGAUAAGCACAAGCGUCAGUACGGCCUGGGCGUAGUGGGGAAGUGGCUGGACCGGCAAUACCGGCGGAGCCUGAGCAGCCAAGUGCAAAAACAGCUGGAUGGUUUCCACAGCCACAGACCUUAUUUUACCUACUGGAUCACGUUUGUGCACAUCGUCAUCACUCUGCUGGCCUGCUGUACGUACGGCUUCGCUCCGGUCGGAUUCGCCCAGCACACCAUCACUCAACUAGUGCUGAGGAACAAAGGGGUGUAUGAGAGUGUGAAGUAUGUUCAGCAGCAGAAUUUCUGGAUCGGCCCAGGAUCCGUAGACCUGAUCCACCUGGGAGCAAAGUUUUCGCCCUGUAUUAGACGAGACUUAAGGAUAGCCGCUCGCAUGCAACGCGACAAGGAUGAGGAAAAAGAGUCGGGCUGCUGUGUGCAGAAUGAUAACUCGGGAUGUGUGCAGACACUCCGGAGCGGCUGCUCGGAGUCGUUGGCCACCUUCAUUAAAUGGAACAAAGAGAAUGUGGAUAUCAUUCGUUCCUCAGGUGCGGUGUGCCAUCAGGACCCCAGGACAUGUCAGGAGCCUGCCUCAGCAGAGCCACACAUAUGGCCUGAUGACAUCACGCGGUGGCCAAUCUGUACAGACGGAGGCACAUGGAACCACACGGGUUACACGCACAUGGACUGCAGCAUCAGGGGUCGUCCAUGCUGCAUCGGGACCCAAGGAAGGUGCGAGAUCGCCACGCGAGAGUACUGUGAGUUCAUGCAUGGCUACUUCCAUGAGGAGGCCACGCUCUGCUCUCAGGUUCAUUGUCUGGACAAGGUGUGUGGCCUGCUGCCGUUUCUGAACCCGGACAUUCCGGACCAGUUCUACCGACUCUGGCUCUCUCUGUUCCUGCAUGCAGGUCUCCUGCAUUGCCUGGUGUCCGUAGUCUUCCAGAUGACUGUACUGAGAGACCUGGAGAAACUCGCUGGCUGGUUACGCAUCUCCAUCAUCUACAUCCUCAGCGGGAUCACAGGAAACCUAGCCAGUGCUCUCUUCCUGCCAUACAAAGCAGAGGUGGGUCCAGCAGGUUCUCAGUUUGGUCUGCUAGCGUGCCUGUUUGUGGAGCUCUUUCAGGGCUGGCAGAUGUUGGAGAAGCCGUGGAAUGCCUUCCUCAAGCUGCUCGGCCUUGUUCUCUUCCUGUUCUUCUGUGGCCUGCUGCCGUGGAUCGACAACAUCGCCCACAUCUUCGGCUUCCUCAGCGGCUUGCUGCUGUCCUUCGCCUUCCUGCCUUACGUCACCUUCGGCACCUUCGACAAGUAUCGCAAGCGUGUGCUCAUCAUCCUGUCACUGCUCGUGUACUUGGGGCUGUUCUCCUCGCUCAUCGUCUGGUUCUACAUCUACCCCAUCGACUGGUAUUGGCUCGAGUAUCUCACCUGCAUCCCCUUCACCAGCAAGUUCUGCGAGCGAUAUGAUAACGACCCCAUCGGCCACUAACACGCUAGAAGCGUUGCUCAUUCUCUAGGACUGCAAAGUUGACCAUGUGGUGCACUGGCGUGCUUGUGGUCACGCUAGUCCCGGGAACAGUAUUGCAAGGUAAAACAUUUCUGGAAACCAAGUACUGUAAAGAACCAAUAAGAAGUAAGGGAUUAGAAAAGCCGGAUUUACAGAUGCUACACUGAUACUACUGCUGAUGGUUUGGUGCAUUAUCAGGUGACGGUUACUCUGAGAUCCACUGGUUUUGUGCGAGACUUCCACUGCAGGAGUUUUAGGUACAAUGUUUAUAAUCCUGCACAAAUUUCCUAUCGACACUAAAUACUACUAAUCAGGGUACAUCUCCGUCAGCCUUGCCUUAAACUAGCAUUUUAUUAAUUUCGCACGUGGGUGCCAUGUUCUUGCACUGUAGAGGUUAAUGAAUACCUUUUGUGUCCAUAUGUUCAGGUUGAAGCGAUACUCCAGCGUGAUUUAACCUAAUCUCUAUCUACCAUAUAUUAAGCUGUGAAUCUUUUCCAGAGGAAGGUAUUUAUGGUAAUGCAUUACCAACAUCGUCGUGUGGGUCUGAACGGAAAGCAUAAAUAACAAAUGACUUCAUUUUUUUUUUUUUUUACCAUUGUUGGAAGGUCAACGUUGAUAAGGUUGGCGUUAAUCGUUCGUUCAUCCGCAGUAAUUGCCGCCGGUCGUGGUGGAUCACAGGGACACCCUGCACGGGCUAGUCCAUCACGGAGUUUACAUCCGUCCGCACACUCAUUCAGACAUCAGGGAGAAGCUGGAAGAAACCAUGGACAUGUGGAGAACAUGUGAAACUCCCACAUGGACUGUAACCCAAGCUUAGGAUCCAACUGGGGAACGUGGAGGUGUGAGGCGGCAGUGCUACCCGCCGCACGGCCGUGCUGUUGGCCAUACACUUCCUACACGUUCCUUGCCACUGGGGUGGUACUCUCGAUGGAAUAUAUUUUGUACAUAAUGUAUCGUUCUAAGACUCGGAAUUGUUUUAAACGUUCACUCCACUUACGUUACCACGUAAAAGAUGCGUACUAAAGAUGUGUACAGAAGACGCACCCUUGAGGGUACAACCCCAGUGAUGAGAAAACGUGCAGAUUAUAGUACUUUUUAUGCCUCCACCACUAGGCGGGUCAAGGUCACAGCAAGGUCAGAUUCCUGCAGUAGUGUUUCUUUUUCUUCCCCCCCAAUAGCUUCCUUCCUGUUUGCCAAACAGUGAUGAUACUUACACGUUCAUAUACAGGAGCUCAAGGCCUGUUUUCUGGCUAUCUAUGAUUUUCGCCAAUGGUCUGUGCACCAGUCAGUCCAAGACUCUUGUUACUGUGAAAUAUCAAGGACGAGCGGUUGAAGGUUCUAUGGAAUUAUCAUUGUAGCCUGCAGGUGACGGAUCUAAACUUGUGUAAAGGUCACGGCAGGGUGAAAUGUCUGAAAUAAUUAUUCUUCAAUAGUUUCCUUCCUGUUUGUCAUACAGAGCUGAUACUUGCAUAGAACUGGAAGCUCAUUUUCUGACCGUCUAAAAUCUUUGCUCUACUCGCAUGUCCGUCUGAGAUUCUCCUUAGCGGGAUGUCUCGAGAUCUAAUGGUCGAAUGUUUGUAGGAUACAUGUGGAAUUAUUUUAACCAGGAGAUGAACUGGUAAGAUUUUGGAAUUGAUCCAAGCAGGGUUACGGUGACCGCAAGGUCAGGGUUUUCUUCAAUAGUGUCUUCCCUUUUCGAAGAAUAUUUUAAGGGGGUUUCAGGCGUAUAAAUUAGUAACGAGUACGACCAGAGUCGCCGGCAGCAGGGCUCUCCCGGUCAACACUGUGAGUGUCUGAGAGUGCAGGAACUCUUAGUUUUAUAGUGUUGCCAUUUUAAAUUGGUGUUAAAUGGAAAUGUGACACGUGAAGUAAAAGCCCAUGCGGUGCAUUUUCAGUGGUUCGAGAUUAGGUUGGAUAACACUGGGGUAUCCCUGUAAUGUUUUUUUGUUAUGUCCACGUUUAGCUCUUAUGACACCAGGGUUUGCUACUACUACCACGCCAACUUCUUAUACCUACUGCGCUACCUUGCCUUUUUGUCACCUGGGACCGAGAAUCGCAAAGACCCCACAGUGACGACGUUGCCAGUUUAUUAGGUACACGGUAUGGCCAAAGGUUUGUGGACGCUUGAGCCUCACACCAGUAUGGGCUUGUUGAACAUCCUGUUCCAAAUUUAAUCCCUGCUUUGCUGUUCACUACCUUCACUCUUCCGGGAAGGCUUUUCACUAGAUUUUUAGAGUGUGGCUGUGGAGACUUGUAUGCAUACAGCCUCAAGAACACUGAUGUUGGGUGAGGAGGCCUGGGGUGCACUCGGCAUCCCAGUUCAUCCCAAAGGAGUUCGUUGGGAUUGAGGUCAGGGUUCUGUGCAAAGCCACUCGAGUUCCAAGACAACCUUGGCAAACCAUGUCGUCACGGACCUCACUUUGUUCACUAGGGCAUCGGUCAUGCUGGAAAAGGUUUGGACCCCUUAUUUCCAGAGAAGCAAAAUCUUAAUUCUACAGCAUACAAAGACAUCCUAGACACUUUUGUGCUUCCAACUUUGUGCCAAACGUUUGGGGAAGUCCAACGUAUGGGCGUGACGGUCAGGUGUCCACAAACAUUUGGCCAUAUAGUGUACUAGUUUAUUGUACUUCUGUAAAUGAAAAUCACUUAUCACAGGCUUCGGCUUGUUCUUAGGUUGUUGCAUUGAAUUAUAUAAUUAUCGGAAAUGAUAUCGGGGGCCCUCAGAAAUAUAAAAGUUAACUUUAGUCAAAAGAUCUAAAAAUGCCGACAGUGAAUUGAAGCUAAUGGGAUCUUGUUGGCGUGAUGGUAUAAUAAACUGGCAGCACAGUGUAUACGUGGACCGUAAUAAAAAUCUCAUAUUACAGUAACAACAUAUUUCCUCAGGGUUUGAUAUUAUCAUAGCGUUAUAUUUGACAGAAACAA